UGAGUGGUGAGGGGGCCCACCUGUGCCUAGGCCACCGUGGCCACCUGGCCGCAGACUGAGGGGCAGUUGUUUGACCGACCUUGCCUGGGGUCUAGCUCUCUGUGAUCACGUGGGCGUAUAGGAGCGUGCACCUGACCCUAGGGCAUCAUCUGGGGUGCUGCCGCUUCUGUGACCUGGGCACAGCAGAGAAGACACCCAAACUCUAGGGCACCUGUGAGAUGCCUGGCCUGGGCACCCGAGUCCCAAAGUAUCCACCCAGGAAGGAUGGUGAGCUGUUGAUGAACACCCCAUAGUGACUCCAGUACAAAUGAGGCACAAGGGACAGGAACAGGAGCUAUGGCAUAGAGCAAGGGGACAGAAUGGCAGGGUCCCCACAGCAAACCCUCAGAAAUAGGCACAGGUGAAAAAGGUAGAGCCAAGAGCAUCUUUGUUACCAACACACAGUUGUUCCCAAAUUACCAGUCUUACUAUUUAAGAUGUGACUCUUCUGUUCCCUUCCCCCAACAGCCUUUGCAGCAGAGGAAGACCACAGGAGGGCAAAUGGCUGUUGCCCCUUCUCUACUCCCCGCCCCCACUCCAGGACCAGAGCCCACUCAGAUUCCUGCCACAGAAGCAGACAGCAGGCCAGCUUGUCUUUAGGGGCCUUUGUCUCUGGUGGUUCCUUCUCAAUGUAAUCUCAUUGUACAUUUCAUGACAGCUGGCUGGAUCUCAUCUCAUAUUAACUGGGCUGGGAAAUCUUAUCAGCUGCACCAGAGAAGCCUUAGAAAAGACCAAUCCACCAUGCCUGAAGUCAAAGACCUUUCAGAAGCCUUGCCAGAAACAUCAAUGGACCCCAUCACGGGAGUGGGGGUGGUGGCUUCUAGGAACAGAGCCCCGACAGGCUAUGAUGUAGUUGCACAGACAGCAGAUGGUGUGGAUGCUGACCUCUGGAAAGAUGGCUUAUUUAAAUCCAAGGUUACCAGAUACCUGUGUUUCACAAGAUCAUUUUCCAAAGAAAAUAGUCAUUUAGGGAACGUGUUAGUGGAUAUGAAGCUCAUUGACAUCAAGGACACCCUGCCUGUAGGCUUCAUCCCAAUUCAGGAGACGGUGGACACACAGGAAGUGGCAUUUAGAAAGAAGAGGCUGUGCAUUAAAUUUAUCCCUCGAGAUUCAACUGAAGCUGCCAUCUGUGACAUUCGAAUCAUGGGCCGGACCAAGCAGGCACCUCCCCAGUACACCUUUAUUGGGGAAUUGAACAACAUGGGGAUCUGGUAUCGAAUGGGCAGAGUACCAAGAAACCAUGACUCAUCUCAACCCACAACGCCUUCCCAGUCAUCAGCUGCUUCCACCCCAGCCCCUAGCCUUCCCAGGCACAUCUCUCUAACGCUCCCUGCUACCUUCCGAGGUAGGAACAGCACUCGGACUGACUAUGAGUAUCAGCACUCCAAUUUGUAUGCCAUAUCAGCAAUGGAUGGUGUGCCUUUUAUGAUUUCAGAGAAGUUUUCUUGUGUUCCAGAAAGUAUGCAGCCCUUUGAUCUCUUGGGAAUCACCAUCAAAUCUCUGGCAGAAAUUGAAAAAGAGGUAAGUAAGCUGCCCAAAGCAGGAGCAGGAGGUGGGGUUGGGCUGCCCCUUGCUCACCUCAGGGCCUCUCAUCUCCCAGUAGAGAUUGUUCCAGAAGCAGGAAGGACCUAGUAGUAGUGGCGCCCUUCUGAGAAAACAUUUUUAUUUCACUCAAAUUUAUUUCUUAGAAAAAGAAACUCAGUUUUAAUGUAUUUAUUGCUUCGAGUCAGAUAUGACAGUUGUCUCCUUGUCUUCUCUAAGUCACAAGGUUUUAAGUGACAGAACGAUCGAUUCUGCUUCAUUUCAUAAAAAUGUCUCCGCUUAGACAAGGUGAGGGCAGGGAGGUGGGCCUGGGGUCAACUUUCCUUCUUCCUUCUGUUGUAAUACUUGCCACCAGCAGGGGCUUUGUGAAGUUGCCCAUGUUUCUCACAAUUUAGGGGAAGGGCAGGACACAUGCAGUUGUACUUGGUAAGCGAGGCCCCAUUUGACAGCCUGGUUUGAGAUAGUUUGGAUGUUUGCCUAAUAAAAAGAGAAAGAAAUUCGGGAUUGGAGUACUCUGAAGAAAGAGAGUGGAGAUAAUGGAAUCCGACCAGAGGUCAGAUGUGCCCGUGUUUUCCGUUUUCAUAAGGCAGCAUUAGAGUGUGUGCAUCUUUUUUUAUGUAUAGAAGGUUGUUAAGCAGUCACAUGCUUGCAGCCAGCUCUCCUUGGAGAGGCACAUUUGUCUCAAAGAUGGAAAUGGUAGAACCAUUUCAAUAUUCUCAGUUCCUUUGGGUUUUCUCUUGUGUACCCAGCCCUCAGAAGCAGGUUGCAUUAUUGAAAGAUGGCUGAAAUCAAGGAAAAUUGAAUCAAUGUAGCACAACAAAUUUCUAAACCUGUCAUAGCAAAAACAAGACAAAAAAGUCCCCCUUUGCCUUUGAUUCCUAUAAAUCAUAAAAAGGAACCUGAUUGUCAUAUAUAGUUUUUUUGUGUGUUUUUUUGGCAACUUAGGGGAAAAAUGGCUAGUUACUGCAUCAGAAAUAACACAUGUGCAUAGAAUUUCAUGUCUGCCUUUCACAAAAUCAAGGUAGCCAAGGAAGAUUUGAAGGGCCACCUGCUUGUGAACACCGCCUUUGCUUGGGGUGCUGCCUGGGUGGGAGCUCAGUGAAUCUUUGUGGAAGGCCUUGGAGGGUGGCCUGCUCUGGCUGCAGGGGGCAAAGCUGGUUAAGACGGGCAAAAGGCAUAGUGACAGGCAUCUGAACCAACCAGCUUCACCACUGCCUGGGGGCAAGUCACACCCCCUCUCUGUUUAAAACGGGGACAGCACUAGAGCCCACCUAUCUCGAAGGUUCCUAUGUGCACUAAACGAAGAUGUGUAAAAACCCUGGCAGACAGCGUGUGCUCCAUCACAGGUGGUUAGGUAUUGCUGAGGCGGCGUGUGCAGAGAAAGGGAACAGCCAUUGAAUGUGGAGCUUUCGCUGCCCUCCUGGCCUCCUCUGGCUGGCUUAUCUGUGGGCUGUGACAGCAGCACCGCUUGUUAACCACUUGCUGUGGGGCUGGGAUUCUCAGCCCAAGUUGACUAAGUGAAGGCCAUUCCCCCCCUUUCAUGGUCAGAAAUUAAGGCCCUGAGAGGUGAAGUAACUUGCCCAAGGCAAGACUCAGACCCAACUGUGUUGUGCUUCAAACUCCCUCUGCUAUGACUUGCAGUCAUGGCUUCAUGUCCCCCUAGGGGUACACUUUGACCUGGGUUCUAACCCCACUGGGCCUUCAAGUAUCCAGGUUGGAGUGAAGUGGGUGAGGGUCCCAGUGUAGGGCCAGUGCAUGUGGUAAGAACCACCAUAAGUCUUAAUUCCCUUCCCCACCCUACGUACUAAAGUCUGACCCAAAUAAUGUCUUCCAUUAGAAUGCACUGACUUAGUGUCAGGUGCUGAGAGAUGAGGUGUGGCUCCCCAAGAGGUGGCAGAACCAGGUGUGUAAAGAGGGGCUGUGGAGUCAGCCACCCUGAACUUGAAUCUCAGCUCUGCCACUUAACCUCUUUGAGCCUCAAUUUUCUCUUCUGUAAAAUAGGGAUAAUAAUAUUUGUCCUGUAGGAUUUAUGGGGGGUUAACUGUAAGUGGCUUAAAAUAGUGCCUGCCAUAGUUAACUGCUCAGCUAAUGUUAGGUGCUGCAGUUAUGACCGUUAUUAUCGUUGUUCUCCUUUUCUAUGAGUAAGGAAAUGUGGUGCAGUGGUUAAGAGCUUAGCUGCUAACCAAAAGGUCAGCAGUUCGAAUCCACCAUUCGCUCCUGGGAAACCCUAUGGAGCAGUUCUGCUCUGUCCUGUAGGGUCGCUAUGAGUUGGAAUCAACUCAAUGGCUACAGGUUUUUUUAGAAGGGCAUGUGAGUCAGUGUAAAUCCAUCCCCAUUUCAGCACCCCAGGCUGCCCAGUCACUGGUGGCUGAGUAGCAUCAUCCUAGUGCUCAAAGCCUAGCUUUGUUUUGUGUUUUUAGUGAUGGAUUAAAAAGCACAUCUGUGUUCCCUGUUGAAGGAAAGUAAAGUGGAGUUAAAGAAAAUGUGGGAAAAUGGGGAGUGGUUAGACACAUUAGAAAGGGUCUAAAACCAUAACAAUAUUACCUCAGUCAGGAAUGCUAUGGAGUUUGUCGUUUAAUUUGAGGAUUUAAAAGUUACUUACACUGGCCAUUCAAGUGCGUUUAAUGGCGAUUAGUAUGUUGAUAUUCGUACACUUUGGUGAACGGAUUCCUUCUUUUGCAACAAUGUCAGAAGAUCUUCCUCGCAAAUAAGCCCGACGGUUGCUCCUUUGAGCAACUACACUCGCAUUGCUCACUCGUGUUGGAGACCAGAGGGGGCGCUAUGCCUGCGGCCCACUGGCCUCUGCUCUCAGGAUCCCUGUGCUGGGCCCCCGGAGUGGGCCAGGAGUCCCCUUGGUCCUGAUGGUUUUGUGUUUGCUCCUUUUCAUUCACAAGUCCAGCUGCUGCUUGGUGGGGCAGGAGAGAUGGGCCCUGUGCUUGGGGACGGGCCUGGGAGCCAAGGGAUCCCAGCUAGGAAAUUUGCCUCACUCACUGUAAACCUUUGUAUUUUACACCAUUAAACCAGAACCAAAAAAUAAAAAUACAGUCAGGGAGGCUGCCUUUGGGUUUGGGGGUACAGACACAAGACCCACUUAUCUAUCUCGUCCUUUGUCCCUUCUGCACACCUGAGCCAGUGGGGAGGGCUCAGUGCCUCCUGGGAGGCCGCUUUGUGCUGGGGAAGUCCUUCCUCUCCUUUCCCCCUCGAUGCUCCAUCUACAGAGGAAACUUGGGCCACGAAGUUGAGUGACUUGCCAGAAUCCCACAGCAGCAAGAGAGCCAGCCACUCAGGAUAUCUCAAGCCUAAAAGGGGCAUGUGUGACUGUGGCCUGGCUGAAUAUACAACUGUCCUCAUCCACUACAGGGUAGCCCCAGCUUUAAAAGGAAGUAGAAAUGAAGCUCCUGAAGGCAACAUUUUGUUCUGUUUUACCAUCUCUUGUCUGUCCAGAAUUAGAACCAGUUUGCUCUUACGCCAGCUUUAAUUUUACUUACCCUACCUUGCCGGGGCGGGGGGGGCAGGGGAUGUUUCUGAAUUUAAGCCAGUGCUUCAUUGCCACCAUUUAGCCUCAGGGACAGGUCACCAUAUGAACGAACCCCAUGACCCUGUCUCGUUGAGUAUGGUGGUCCGGGGCAGGAGCAGGACAGCCUGAAGUAAAUGCUAGUCACUAAAAGGAACAAACCAGCAGUCAGCCAAGGAGAGCUGCCCCCUGGUGUCCCUACCCCAGCAAGGACCCACAGUGGACUCGAACAUCCCCAAGCCCAGGAGUUGCCUGGAACAGAUGGAGAGAGACAAGGUGUCACCCCAGUCAUGGGUACACAGAGCACCUCCAGUCCCCCAAAGUCCUGAUAUGAUCAAGGGAGAGUGUGGUACUGAGCCCGGGUAGUCAGAGCAACUUGAAAGCAGGACACGUGCGCUGGCGGUGUGUUGGGCAGCAUGGCACAGAGCACACCCACUGGCCGUUAGUUAACGGGUGUUUAUAGGGUUGUUUGCGGGCCGUGUCAACAGUGGAGGCAACAUAGUUUAGUGGAGAGAGCACAGAUUUUGAGUCUGGAUGCCUGGGGUGGGAUACCAAAUCUGCCACUUGGGUUGGACCCUGGGCAAGUCCCUGAGCUUCCCCACCUUAUGUUCCUCACGUGAUCGCAGGCCUGGUUACCCUGCCCCAGGGCACACAGCUUCACUGCGAGCACCUUGCCAUUGGCGGGCUCCGCUCCAUCGUCACCGCUGGCGCUGCUGCAGCUGCUGUGCUGUGGACAGGGAUUUCCUCAGUAGUCGUGGUAUUUGUAGCACUCAGGUCAAGUUUCAUGAAAGUCACCCAAGAAUGGGCGUAUUUUAAGGUUAAAAUCAAUAUGUAUGCCAUCGAGCAGAUUUUGAAAAAUAAAUCAUUGAAAAGGCAAAACCUCUUACAACUCAGAAAUACUCUUUUGCGGUAUGGUUUGUUGAAAAUGAAUGAAACCACAAUCAAGCUUUCAGGCUCAUCAUUCUCCUACCGCCCAACGGGGGUCACAGCCUCUGUCCUGGCCCCUGUCAUUGGUCCACCCAUGGUUCAGAGUGGGACUUUUCCGUCUUCCCGGGCGCGAGGAAAUUCUUCUGAGAAAGCAAAAUUUUGCUCAUCUCCCCAGGAGGCCAUGAGGAAACAAGGGAGGGAGCUGGCCGGAAGGAGCGAGCAGCUACACAGCGGGAAUGGAAAUGUUUUUUUUCUGGCUCUGCCCCACCCCCAGCCCCAGCCCCCACCCCGCUGUGGGUCUGGACAGCAGCGGGUUUGGCUCUGCAGCAGGGCAGCAAGUGACCCCAUGGACCUGUGUCCCCAAAAAAAGAAGCCCUUAUUAUCCUCCCUGCUGCCUGAACAAAAGCUUCUCUCUGUUCAGGAGCUGGGAAAAGCAUUUCGCAGCCCAGACCCCUGUGAUGAAGCAUCUUCUCUCGGAGUGAGAAGAUAGGCAUAUAAAUAUUCUCCAUCUCUGCCAUUCUUUAUUUCCCUUGUAAGCAGUCGCCCCAUUUCUCCAACUGAUGGAUUCUCCAUCGCAGCCACGGUGGGAGUCCCCGAGCUCUCCAGUCCAGGCAGCAGCUUCUCAAAUAAUCCCUGUGUCUUGGUUACUUCUUCUUGGGGCCUGUUUGUCCUCUUCACCCACCCACUACUCCACCCUACCCUGUGGCCCGUCCACCCCCUCCUCACAGAUCACACCAUCCCUUGUCUCAAAGAGUGACUGGCAGGAGGCUGCGGCCUUGAUUAUGGACUUGAUGCUGCAUGCAUAACCACCUCCAAGCCCUUUAAAAAUCCCAGUUAAGAUUUCUUAUGAUGAAACGGCAUCAGGUAGGUGAGAAAUCCCAAGUGCCUUCCAGUUCUGUAAAAAUCCCACCUGCUGCCCACCUCCCCCUUCCCUUCACUGGGUGCUGCAGUCAAAACAUGGCGCACAGAAGUGCUCAUUAGCCCACCACACUUACUGGUGGAAUGAACCGGCCUCCAUUUUCACUUGACUUUAAAGCUGAAAGACGAGGGAGCGUCUAAUUAGUAAGGGACGAUCUAAUAUUAAUCACUCCCUUAAAAUUGACAAGGGAGGCAGUUCAUUUAACCACUUAAUUGCUACAGGUUUUUAUGGGCUGCUGUUUGCAGACAUAUUUAAUGAAGAAGUUAUAAAUCUAAGGGAGCUUAAAAUUUUAAUUUUAUACCUAAAUAUUUUCCUUGUUCUCAUGUUUGUAGUCAAUUCUCAAGAGUAUAGUCACGUGGGAUGUUCUUUAAAUGAACAUAUUUGCUAACUGGCGUGAUUUCAGUUUUUAAAACAUUGGUUCCAGCAAUUAGGCAUUUUUUUUCAGUUCCCAAAUGACUAGAGAAAUUCGUCUUGAUUAUAAUUGCUCUUAGCCACGCAUAUCUAAUUUGUGUCUUUUUAAGUGUUAAUUAGUAAACAGUUUGAGCUGACAUCUUUAUGUGUUUGUGUGUUGAAAAAUGGGGCUUAUUGCUUAUUUAGCAUGGGGCCGAUUCCGCUAGCAUUUACGUCAUGACUUGGAGGUGAAAUUAAUGAAAACACAUUUGGCAGUGCGAGGUAGAAAGAAAUUUUGAACACAACUUUUGGAGCUCCCGUUUGCAUGAACUUCUGUGGGCUCCUUCAAAUCUAUGAGGUUAGGGUGGGUUUGGGACCUAGAUACUACAGGAAAAAAGUGAGGCAGAAGAUUUUUGUAUCAGUAAUGAAAUGGCAGAGUCCCAAUUUUAUAAAAGCAGAGUGUUCAUAUCCCAGCACAAUUGUUCAUUCUUCCUACUUUUGGAAAGCGUUCGUUAUGCUUAUGAAUGUCAAAGAAUUUCGUGGAGGGAGCUGUUGCAGCAACUUUUGUGGUCCCUUUGCACCAUCUAGUGGUCAGGCCUUAAACUGCAGAAGAAAAAUAAGGUGCCUUCUUUUCUGAGAUUGGGCAUUUUCACCCUGUAAAAUCCCUUUAAUUUCCUUAUUUUUCAGUCAGGAAGCUGAAAUAUUUGGGGAAAAAUUUCUGCCUACAGAAUUUAUGAAAUGAAAAUUAGUUAAAUGAAUAAAAGUUAACCUGUCCUGUUCUCCUUUUUUCAUGUUGCUCAAAGACACAGAGCUGCCAACUAAAAUCCUAGCCCGCUAUCUGGCUGAGUUGAGAUCAGUCCGUAAAGAAACAAAUAAUGAACCAGUUAAAGUGAAAGCCUUUCUGAAAGCACACAUACAGUGGCUUCUUUUGAAAUAUGGGAAGUAGGUCGGAGACCACCACCUCACAGACAGGAGUCUGACCACAGCCAGGACCACAGUUCUCAGGAACCACAUAGCACAGCAAGAACAGCUGGUGUCCCGUAAAUUGUGGAGAACCUUCCGGGCAGUUCAUCAUCUUAAGCAGCUAUACUGCCUAUCAGGAUUGAUUUUUUUUUUUUUUUAAGUAUUUAGGGUUUCCUCCUUGAGUACAAAAGUUGUACAUGUUUAUAAAAAUGCAGCAUUUAGACAAAUACAUAAAGUUAAAGAUGAAAGUCUACUGCAGCCCCACUCCUCAGCUACACACACACGUUCAAACAUGUUAACCGGGCUCACAAUGUACAUUAUGUCCUGUAACUUGCCUCCACACUUGGCAGUCUGUCUUACACACCUUUCCAUGUCGGUUCACACUGACCGCUUCGUUCCUUUCAAUGGUAAUAUGUUGUUCUCAUUUAUGAUUAUGUCAUAAUUUACUUCCAAUCCACUGUUGACUUUUGAGUUGUUUCCAAUUAUUCCUUAUUACGCUGCUACCGUGUAUUUCCUUGUACACGUGUCUUUGCUCCCAUGUGUCUUUCUUUAGAAAAACACGUAUUACCUUUUGCCUUCCAAAAAGGUUGUACCUGUCGCAGCUCCCACCAGUGGUAUGACAGGGCCUGUUUCCCACGUCCUCACUGUAGCGAAGCAUCGCUGGUAUUUUUGGUAUUUCACGUUGUUUAAUUAAUCAUCUUUAACUGUUUUUAAAGUUGAAAUCUUUUCAUAUGCUUAUUGGCCAUUUGUGUCUCUUUUGUGAAUUUCUUCUGUUUGUGUCUUUCGCCCAGUUUUGUUUUGCUUUUUUCCUGUUGGCUUUUUUAGCCUCAUUCAUUUUUAAGAGCUCUUUGUUUUAGUUAUAGCAACUUCUCUAUCAUAGGUCCAAACACACACACACACACACAACUAGUGUCUUUUCACCUUGUUAAUGUGUUUUGCUAUACAAAAGUUUUAAAAUUUUUGUGGGCAAUUUUUUUCUUUAUUUUAAUGUUUUCUUCAUCUUCGUGGCAUACUUAAAAAAAAAAGCCCAUUGUCUUCAAGUCAGUUACUUAGAAGAUUAUGAAAAUAUUCACCCUGAUUCUUCUACCCUUUUAUAUUUUAAUAUAUUAAAAUAGUAACUGUUUUUAGCUGCUUAAUCCAUGUGAAAUUUAUUAGAAUGUAAGAACUAGACCCAGAUUUAUUUUGUCCUAAAGUGCUAGUCAGAUUUUUCAGUAUUUAUUAGAGUUCUUUCUUUAGUGAAUCUUAAAUGCUGCUUUUUCCAUAUAGUUUCAUGUAUAAGUGAUCAGUAGAUAUAUUUCUUGACUCUGUGCUUCUGUAUUGUUCUAUUUUUCUGUUACUGCCAUACUGUUUUGAAUCCUGUAGCUUUUUAAUAAGCUUUAAUAUAUGAUAGGAUUAGUUUCCCCUUGUUAAUCUUUUUUCCCCAAAAUUUUUUAAAACUGUGUUUACAAGAUUAUUUUUCUAGCUGUACUUGAGAAUAUUGGGGAGUGAGAAGGAUCCAAAAAAUCCAUUCUAGAUUUUUAUUGUGAUUACAUUGAGUGUAUCUGGAGAGAGUCUCUCUAUCCAAGAACACGGGAUGCCUCUUGUUUACCCAGGUCAUUCUUUACGUGCCUCAGCAGAGUAGGAUGGUUUCUUUGUAGAGAUCCUACGUUUUUUUUUAGGUUAUUUCUAAGCGUCUUACGUUAUUGUUGCUCUUGGGAGUGGGAUUUCUUCUUCCAUUAUUUUCUGUUGUUUGUAUAUGAUGAAGCUAUUGAUUUUUGCAUAUUGAUUUUAGAGCUGCUUAUCUUACUGACUUCUCUUACUGUUUCUAAUGGUUUUUCCAUUGCUUUUCUUCAGUUUCCCAGGCAGGCAGUUAUGUCAUCUACAAAUACUGAUGCCUGCCUCCUUCCUUGCAGCACUUAUCCCUCUGGCUUUGUGCCUUUGUCUGACACCUUGGCCAGCACUUUCACAUCCCUGGGCCACCUUGUCUUACUCGUGUUUUGAAUGAGAAGUUUCUAGUUUCAAUAUUAACUCAAUCGUGCUGUGUUUUGGUUUGCUGUAUAUAGACAUACCUUUUUAUCAUGUUAAAAAAUUAGUCAUCUAUUCCUAUUUUUCUAAAUGUUUUAAUCAGGAAUGGAUAGUGGCAUUUGAUGAAUGUCUUUUAAUCAUCUAUUGAGAUGAUCAUAUAAUUUUUUCCACAGGCAUAUUAAUACAGUGAAUUAUAUUAAUAAAGUUGCUAAUUCUGAGAGCCGUAGGGCUCCCCCACCUCAGCCCCCUCCCCUGCCCUUUUA